AUGAAGUUAUCAACUAGUUUAGAUUAUAUUAGUAUUGGUGGUAAUUCAAAUGGUGAUUGUAUAGAUUGGGGUAGAAACAAUAUAGUUGCGUACGGUGCACAAAACUUUGUCGCAUUGCUCUGCCCUAUUCAAUCGACUGUCAUUGCAACACUGCCAGGUCACAAAGAUCGUGUCAAUCAUGUCAAGUGGAUACCAUCCAUCAUCGGUACAUCCGAGGAAUCUGAAUUGAUAUCUGCAUCGUCCGACAGUACUCUUAUUCAUUGGAAAAAGAAUGAAUCAACAGGAAUCUAUGAAAUUUAUGAAGUAUUGAAAUCACAUACCGAUAGUGUUACUUCAUGUUCGAUCGUUAGAUUCCCAGAUAAUUCUUUGAUGUUGUGUUCGACAUCCGCUGAUAAUACAGUAAAGAUUUGGAUUCGUGAGAGUGUUGCCGAUGCGAAAUGGAGUGUUAUUCAAUCGAUAGAGUUUAAACCGAGAAUGAUGGAGUGUUGCGCACUCUCUUUCUUGCCAAACACAAAGAAUAUACCGGUAUUGGCACUGGGUGGUGUCGAGCCAAAGAUUCAUCCGGUGUUCCAAGAGAUGUGUAUCAUUUCCGCGUCGAUGGACAAGACCAUGAUUAUUUGGCGACCAGAGAAGAACUCUGGUAUCUGGAUGGACGACGUGCGUGUCGGUGACAUGGGUGGUAAUAUUUUGGGUCUGUACAGUGGUGUUUUCUCGCCAGACGGUGAGUACAUUCUCUCUCACGGAUACAACGGUGCAUUCCAUCUCUGGAAGAACCCAUCCGUUCAAUACGGUCAUUGGGAGCCACAGAUCAUUCCAAGCGGUCAUUUCGCACCAGUCCAAGAUUUAAUGUGGAGUCCAGAUUUCAACUAUUUCAUUUCUUCAAGUACUGAUAGAACAUUAAGAUUAUUUGGAGAAUGGAAAAGAGAUGGAGAAGAUGGAAAGGAAUUAAAGUCGUGGCAUGAGAUUGCACGUCCACAGAUUCACGGUUACGAUUUGGAAUGCUUUUCUUUUAUUUUCGGUAAAAAUCAUGCAGUUGUUUCCGGCGCAGAGGAGAAGAUUCUCAGAGUUUUCUUUGGAUCACAAAAUUUUGUAGAUACACUUUCCAAUAUCAGUCGUGUCAAGUAUGAGAACGACGGUCAACAAAGACCGAUGGCUGCAAAUCAACCAUCGUUGGGUCUAUCGAAUAAACCUUUCUUCUCAGCGGAACAAUCAGAGAGUCAAUCAGAUCAACCGGCAGAGUUUACAAUGACCGGAGAAGACAACGAAGCUUUGGGAGAGGGUGGAUUUGAGGAACCGGUCUUCUUUAAUCCAGAGGUGCUUGACAAGCCACCAUUCGAAGAACAUCUUUUACAAUCGUCACUCUGGCCAGAGAUUCAAAAGCUAUAUGGUCAUGGUAAUGAGAUUAUCGCAGUUGCCUGUAGUUACGAUGGAAAAUACCUUGCUUCCACCUGCAGAGCAUCGUCAGCUGAUCAAGCAAACAUUAGAAUUUGGAAUGUCGCCAAUUGGAAAGAGGUUGCCGUGUUGAAGGGUCACACUCUAACCAUUGUGCAAUUGGCAUUCUCACAUGACAACAAGUAUCUUUUGGGUGUAAGCAGAGAUCGUAUGUGGUCACUCUGGGAGAGAACAGACAAUCCAAACGAACCAUACAUUAAAGUUACAGCAGCACCAAAGUCACACGGUAGAAUCGUUUGGGGAUGUUCGUGGACACACGACGACAAGUACUUUGCCACCGGUUCCAGAGAUAAAGCGGUAAAGAUUUGGACAAACACCAAAGAGAAAGGAUGGGCAUUGGCUUCGACGCUGCCAACAUUCACCGCCGGUAUCACAACAGUGGAGUUUGCACCAAAGUUGGCAAAUGAGAAGUGCCAUCUAUUGGCGGUUGGUGAUGAAGAAGGAAAGAUUACCAUUUGGAAAGGUGAAGACACCACUGACGGUUCACCAAUUCAGUGGAGCUUGAUUGAAACAAUUCCAUCUCAUUUAUCACAUAUUUCAGAUGUCCGUAGAAUUCGAUGGAAGAAAUUGACAGACAACUCUUUUAAUGUAGCAACUUGCAGUACCGAUCAUUCUGUAAGAAUUUUCACAAUUACAAUCAAUGAAUAA